ACUUCCUUUCCCAGCAGCCCAUACUAGGGAUGGCUAUUGGUGCUCUCACCAUCGUGUUUGCCAUCGAUAGUGAAACUGUAUGUGACCAUAGAUGGUAGAAAGCUGUGCAAUGGAGGAACAUCAAUGAUUUCACUCACCGAUGCACUUCCAUUCCCUGGCCCAUGCUUUAUGCGCCCCAGAGUAGGAAUAAGCAAGUAACCCACAGGGCAUGUGCUGUGUUCCUCCCUCUCACAGGACCACCACCCUGGAGUCCGGUACCAGCCUGGAGAUGGAUCUCCUGCAAGAAAACACACCAAUGUAGUUAAAAUAAAUAGGAAAUAGCAGGGCUGCAACGUGGUGUGUGCCAGUGGUGCCUGGCACACAGCACAGAUGCUCUGGAGGCACAGGACCACCGGCAACACCCGCCUGACAGCUCCACCGCCAUCACACUGUUGGGUCCAGCCCACGUUCCCCCGCCGUCACCGCCCGGCAGCAUUGCCUGGCUACUCUCACAUAGGUAGCCGGUUAGCACUGCAGCUCCCCCUCCCCAUGUGCUUGGAGUAAUGACGUCUCUCCCAGCCUGCCCCUGCCCACCCACAAUGCCCUGCGAAGAGUGCAGCAUAGGGCGGGAAGAGGAGAGGACAGGCCUGCUUGCUCGUCACAGGUGAGUAUAACACACUCUCUCAUAUAAUGUGUAAAAAAAGGGGGACUACCUGCCAUAAUGUUUAAAAAAUGGAGACUGCCUGCCAUAAUGUUUGAAAAAAGGGGACUGCCUGCCAUAAUGUGUAACAAAAGGGGGACUGCCUGCCAUAAUGUGUAAAAAUAGGGUCUCUGUCUGCCUAAUGUGUAAAAAAUAGGGGGACUCUGCUGCCUAAUAUGUAAAAGGGGGACUUUGCUGCUCUAAUGUGUAAAGGGGGCUCUGCCUGCCUAAUGUGUAAAAAAGGGGGCUCUACCUGCCGUAAUGUGUAAAAAGGGAGCUCUGCCUGAUGUAAUCUGUAAAAGGGAUUUCUGUGGCCACGCCCCCUCCCCAUGAAGCCAUGCCCCCAUAUUUUUUUUGUGCAAGCCUACAAUGUACAUUGGCCCUGUUUUGUAUAUGGGGGGGCAGAUGCUGUUUCUUGCACACAGCGCUAAAAUGUCUAGUUACGGCACUGCGAAACAGGUUGGAGUGAAUGGCCUCUCUCUUUUUUUGCUGGCUCUACCUGCUCACACACAUGGGACCUGCUGCCUCUGCUGUUGCUGAGCGAACAGCAAAUGGCAAAAAUGGAAGACCAUGAUCAGCAACAGAUUGCUGUAAUCGAGCUGAUGGACCCAAAUGGUUACCGCAUUGGACAAUGGCUGAAUGUAACUUCAAACUAUGGGAUUGCUGAUUUUAGCUUCUCUUUGGCAAAUGAGCUAUCUUUUGGAAAAUAUAAAAUUUACAUACCUGAUGAAUGUGAAAAACAAAUUACUGUCUCUGAAUACGUACCAAAAAGAUUUGAAGUAAAGAUCAACUUCCCGUCUAAUGUGUCUAUGACAGAUAAAUCUUUUCAACUGGAGUCUUGUGGCAGUUACAUCUAUGGAAAGCCUGUAGAGGGCACCAUUGAUAUUACUCUCUGCCCUAGUUCACUUGCUGUCUACUGGACACGGCUUAGGGAAUCAAUGUUGAGCGGUGAAGAUGAUGAUGAUGAUGAUGAUGAUGAUGAUGAUGAUGAUGAAGAUCAACAACAUUCAGAACAAUGCCUAAAAAUAAGUAAUGUGAAGACUGAUAGCAAAGGAUGUCUAUCCAGGGAGAUCGACCUUAGUUUCUUCAAUUUCUCAAGAUCAGAUCGUGAAACAUAUUUAAAAAUAAAAACUUCUCUGACAGAACACGGCACAGGUCACAAUGAGAAAGCAUCAGCCAACCUCUACCUUGGGAAUUACCGACAGAUUAGAUUUAUUGGGGACUUUAGACGUUCGUACUAUAAAGGUGUUCCACUUACAGGCAAGCUACUCGUUACUGAUGAAAAUAAGCAGCCCUUGGCCAAUGAAGCCAUUACUUUAUCUACGAUGGAGGAUGAGGAUAUAAUCGCAAAUGUGGUGACAGACAACAAUGGAAUUGCUCAUUUUAUGUUCAACACCUCUACAUGGGAAAAAGAUAUGGGAUUACUCGCAAUGUUUUCAUCAGAGAAUGAAGAUAAUGACUAUUAUUAUUCACGGACAACAAACUGGCUUGUCCCCUUGUACUCUGAGAGUGACAGCUUUCUGAUUGUCGAGAAAAAUUCAGACCGCGUUUCCUGUGACUCUGACGUGUCAGCGACUGUGAAAUAUGAGAUCAGUAAGAACAGCCUGGAUCCUAAUUCUGAUCAUCUCACUUUGUUCUACUUUGUAUUGUCUAAAGGUGGAGUUGUUUCUUACAAAGAACAUAAAUUAGACAUUAAAGAUGCAUCAAGAACCCAGACUCUGCGUGGGUCAUUCACUAUAAACGUACACGUAGAUGCUGAAAUAAUCCCGUAUUUCAAUGUCUUUGUUUUCUCUGUAUUGCCCAGUGGAGAAACUAUUGCCAAUACAGUAAGAUAUGUUGUUUCAGAAUGCUCCAAGAACAAGGUGCAAGUCAGUUUCUCUGAAGCUCAGGUCCAUCCUGGAGAAAAGGUGAAUCUUAAAGUUACAGCCGAGUCUGGUUCCUGGUGCUCCGUGCGAUCUGUGGAUAAAGGUUUAUUACGUCAAAACCCUUAUGAAGCCACCUCAUAUAUAGAUGCUCUUCAAUCAAAAAUUGCACGGAGAUUAAAUCUUGGCUACGAAAGACAGCGCAGAUUGACAGAAGAUCCAGUAAAACACCAAUGCCAAGGAAAUGAGAUUCCUGAACAUCAGAGGGCUGGGUAUUUAGUUGCUGAUACUCAUUAUAUGUUUGAGACACGCAAUCUAAAAGUUUUCACCAACACUCGGAUAUACAAACCAGUGAAAUGUGCCCCACCACCUGAGAUCAGUUUCCGCCCUCCAAAGAAAACAAAGGCUAAUAAAGUCACUUUCACUCAAGUGGAUCAAAAGCGGAAGAAGCAUCUCAAAAGAAGAUACUUCCAAGACACCUGGUUGUUUGACUUAGUUUCUGUGGGCCCAGAGGGACACACAGAGCUAAACCUGACUACCCCUGAUAGUAUCACCAAGUGGGAAACUGAUGUCAUCUGCCUGGGGAUGUCUGGGAUUGGUGAGAUAAAGGAUGUAGUGCUGACCACCUUCCAACCAUACUUCAUCGACCUGAUAUUACCCUACUCUGUGGUGCAAGAAGAGAAAUUUACAAUAAAAGCCCUGCUCUUUAGCUAUGAGAAGAAAUGUAUGCUGGUGGUGGCUGCACUGUCUGAUUCAGAGGAUUUCACAACAGUCCACAGCAAGGAGCAGGCCAGAUGUGUCUGUGAAGGCCACUCAACCUACUUUACCUGGGAUGCCACAGUCUUAAACCUGAAGAACUUAAAGAUCCAUGUGACCAUUGGUUCUCUGCAUGUGGAUGGAGGUUGCAAUGCAGAUCCAUUUUUGUUGGGAAAGGAUCACAGAGAAGACUCUAUUGAAAAAACUAUUGUGGUCAAGGCUAGAGGACAUGAAGAACAAAAGACAGAGACCUUCCUUAUCUACCCGGGAGAUAACCGUGAGAAAAUCCCAGUUGACUUCCAAGUACCAGAAAGACUGGUGGCAGGUUCCGCACGUGCUCGCAUCAUUGUACUGGGUGAUCUCAUUGGCAAUCCUAUCGCUAACAUGGACAAACUACUUCGUAUGCCGGAAUCACUUGGGAACCACAACAUAGCAAAGUUUUCUAGAUUUGUUUACACACUGCAGUACUUGCGGAUUACAAAUGAAUCAAAACCGCGUUAUCAAAAACAGGCUCUGGAAUAUCUAACUAAAGGUUACCAGAAACAACUGACAUAUAAAAGAGAAGACGGUUCUUAUGGAUUAAUUUCAGGGAUUAAAGCCAAUGUAUGGCUCACAGCCUAUGUAGUAAAGGCUUUUAGCAGAGCUCAGGACUUCAUCUAUAUAGAUGAAACUCAUGCUCAGCAAGCUGUCACCUGGUUGCAAAAUCAACAGUUACCCAAUGGCUGUUUUGAAGGAAAAGGGUCUUACUUUAAUAAUGACUUCCAGGCAGAUAAUGAAAUUGCACAAACUGCCUAUGUCCUCAUCUCACUGCUGGAGCAUCCUCAGGCCUACAAUGGAAGCAUUGUGGAAAAUGCCUUGAAGUGUUUGAGGAAUGGAGCACACAACGUUACAUCUGUCUACGCCCAGGCUCUCCUGGCCUAUGCCUUCUCUCUGUCAGGAGACAGUGAACUAAGACAAGAGACACUGAAGAGAUUGGAGGAGACUGCGAUAAAGAAAGAUGGCUCUAAGUACUGGAAAAAAAGCAGCGACCGACAUGGAAACGUUGAGUUCUCUUCAUAUGUCAUUCUUGCUUUGCUUUCUGAAAAGACAACAACCCAGAGAGAUCUUGAGGAGAGUGCAGAUAUCGUCCGUUGGAUUGUGGGACAACAGUCAGCAUCGGGAGGAUACUUCUCCAAUGAGGACACUACAGUAGCUCUUCAAGCUCUGGCUAAAUAUGCCAAGGCCAUGCACCAUAAGAAGGGAGAUGCAACAGUGACGGUUGAGUCAGAGUCUGGGUUUUAUAAAGAGAUUCACGUGGAUAAAACUAACAGCCUUCUCCUACAAACAGUAGACCUCCCAGAGUUCCCUGGGGAAUACACAGUGACUGUCACAGGAAACAGCUAUGUCUAUGUACAAUCACACCUCCAUUACAACAGUCUUCCUGACAAUUCUGAUGCCCAUUUUGCCCUGAAUGUAAGCACUGAGCCAGCCGUCUGCACCCAUGAUGGACAAACACAUUUUGAGGUCCAUGUUGAUGUCAGAUACUCAGGAAGACGUGCGGUUACCAACAUGGCAAUCAUUAUGGUGGAGUUCCUUUCCGGAUUUCAUGCUGAUGAAAAAAGUGUUAAAAAGUUGGAGAAGAAUCCUACAGUAAACAGAACAGAGGUCUCAGUGGAUAAGAUCACCAUUUACUUGGACAAGCUCACUCACGAAGCUGAGAGUUUUACUUUUGGAUUGAGACAAGAAACACGUGUGGAAAAUCUGCAGCCUGCGAAUGUCAUAGUGUAUGAUUAUUAUAUUCCUGAUGAACAAGCUAUAACAGAGUAUAACUCUCCCUGCAGUGCAGUGAAAGGUCACUGCAGAGUCGGUGUCUCUGAGAGGAGGGAUUGUGGCCAUUCCGGUAUCACCAGGGAACAUUGUGAACAGAGAGCCUGCUGCUUCGAUUCCAGUGUGUCACAAGCCAUAUGGUGUUUCUUUCCAGGAAUUGAAAAAAAAGAAUCCCACUAAUCAUGAAUCAUUAUUGGAUGACAUCACACGCUGCAUCCUCUGUGCCCAGAAUAUGUGUAAUCUACCUGCAUAUAGCAGACAGGACAUGAUUCCCAUAAUAAAUAAUUCUGCUUCUUGUAAUACAACAUUCAAUAAACAAUAUACAGAUUA